CUCAUCCCGUGCGGCAUUUAACGUCCGUACUGAUAUAAUAGCUAUAAAAGAUCGUUUAUCCAGGCCUAUCGAGCGACACGGCGGCGUAGGAACCUCUCAUAACUACCUACGUCAUCAUGUCCUACACUUCAUACUCGGAGGCGCGAAUGUCGCUGCAUUCCCCGGGCUUCAAACCCAAACCUCGCAAAUCGAUGCGCCCACCCGAGCGCCAAGUCGCCCUUCGAACGGAGUCCAUCGUUCCUGCCAAGACCACUCUCGUGCUCAAACCAAAUGGAAACGCCCAGUCCGUCGCAGCCUACAUCAUCACUACGGAAGAAGAAGAAGAGCCCGUCUACACGGUGUCCGGUCGCAAAUAUGGUGAUCGCGUCUGUCGCGAAUUCCACGACGCCUCGGGCUUACCCUUGUUCGAGCUCCAUACGAAGACCACACUUGGAAGACCGUAUUCGUGGUUUAUCACAAUGCCGGGCGGUGGUGAUAUCAAGAUCGCCGAGGGAGAGCCGCGAUGGGGGAACAAUAAAAAGAGUAUGAAGUUCUCAUUUCGGAAUAUGGCCCCGAAUGAUACAAAGCGCGACAGUGAUAAGGACAUGACCCUGCUGAUAUCGCCGUGUGGUGAUAUUAUGGCACGAUAUGAUAUUAUCGAUGGAGAUAGGAGGAUCGCUGGGGUUUAUGAGAGCAUUCACCAUAACGACACAUUGGCUCUGCUGCCCAAGUCACGGCGAAAGAGCCUUCGACCUGCUAUGGAUGUGGUGAUCGUGGCUGGUGUUGAUUCUUCCUUGGUAGCUGCAAUUGCGAUGAUCAUGUUUGAAUGGACUUAUGGGGCGGAGUAAACUCAAAGUAUAUGGGGGGAAAGGGAGCGUCUUGCGUUUGUUAUCUCCACUCUUCUUCCAAUCAUCUCUCCUUCUAUAUCAGUGGGGUACGGAUCAAUAUGGUUUUGGACUCUUGCGACUCACUGAUCAUUGAUGCUUCCCUUUCGUGGAUAUCUUUUCCUGUUAGCGAUCAAUGCAGCACGGCAAGCCGUCAGGCAGGUCUUCUGGGUGCCUCUGUUUUCCAACAGUUUGGAAAAGAAAUGCUAGGCACUUGACCCCGGAAGAUCACAACAUGCUCUCUUACGCUUUUGAAAGGACCGCGAACCUUGUAUGAUUCACUAGGAUUCACAAUUUAUAGCGGUCUUUCCACAGUCUGAUUUGUACAGCUUCGUUGUCGAACAAUCGAAAAUAUUUAUAUUCUUAUGAACGACAGAUUCUUAAUCACAA